CCCAAAGGGGUCCCAGUCCCGGCCUGGACACCAGCGAAUGCCCAGAUCGAGGUCCCAACCCAGGCCCCCCCUCCAGCCUCAGACCCUGGCCGGGCCCCCAUCCCCGCCUCUGCCCUUGUUCCACCUCCUGUCACAAAUCCCCGCCCCACCCCGGUCCCAACCCCAUCCCCAGGGUUUGCUUAAGCCCAGGGCCCAAACGCUGCCCUCACUCCGGUCCCCAUCACAGUCUGUUCCUCUGUCCCAACCCCUGCCCCUGUUCAAGCCCCGGCGCCCAGCCCAGCCCAGCCCAUUGAUUCAGCCUUUGCCCUCUUCUCUGUGUGUACCCGAGCCUCUCCCACCACCCACCCCGCUCUCUCACACCCUGCCCCUCUCCCAGCCUCGGCUCAGGUCUGGGCCCCAGCUGCCUCCAGCCCUGUUGCUGCUGUUGCUGUUUUCUGUCCUUGGCCCAGGGGCUGGAGGCCUCUUCCUGACCGAUUACUCCACCUGCUCACCCCGCAAGCUGAGUCCUUUCCGCUCCUUUGCCAGCACCGAACUCUUCCACUUCCAUGUUCCCGAGGACACAUUCCUGGCUGUUUGGAACCUCAUCAUCUUCAAGGAGCAGGGGGGAUCCUUUGGGGACCACUGCCCAGACCAAAGUGUGACUGUGUAUUUCCGGUCUGGGGCACCCCCUGUCAUCAAUCCUCUGCACACACACUUCCCAGGGGACACGGCUGUGCCUGGGGUUUUCUCACUGACCCUCAGCUGGACACUGCCCAACCGCACGUCAGGCAUCUUUAACGUCAGCAGCCCCUUACCUGGGGACUGGUUCUUGGCUGCCCACCUUCCCCAGGCCCACGGCCACAUCUCUGUCAAGGGUCUCCAGGAUGAGUGUCAGUACCUCCUUCAGCCGCAGCUGAUUGUCCGGCGUUUACUGGACGUCGCUGUGCUGGUGCCUGGCCGUCCCUCAGAGCAAACGCUCUCCCCCCACAAUCGCUCAGCCCUAUACAAGGUCUUCGUGCCCAGCUUCACUUACAGGGUUUCAGCACAGUUGGUGUGUGUGGGGGGCCGAGGGGCAUCCGCCUGCCCCCUGACACUUCGCCUACGUCCCAAGGCCCCACCCCUGCACAACUCAAGCUCUGUGGCAUGUGGAGGUGCCUCAGUAUGCCAGCUGGAGCUAGCGCUGCCCCCCUGGGGGCGCUGGGUCUACGUGCGCGUGGAGACACCGUCCCGGGGCUCUGGCAGGACCAUCCGCUUCCAGCUGUGUGUGCGGUUGCAAGAGUGCCCGAAGCCCAACCUGUCUCGGGCCCUGGCCCCUGGAGCUGCCAUGAACAUGCCCCAGUCACUGGGCAACCAACCAUUGCCCUUAGAGCCACCAUCCCUGGGUGCCCCCGUGGAAGGGCCUGGGGCCACAUCUCCACCUGAGCACUGCUGGCCAGUGCGCCCGACUCUGCGCAAUGAGCUGGACACCUUCUCCGUCCACUUCUACAUCUUCUUUGGCCCCAGCGUGGCCCUCCCCCCUGAGCGCCCUGCUGUAUUUGGCCUGAGGCUGCUGCCGGUGCUGGACAGUGGAGGUGUCCUUAGCCUGGAGCUCCAUCUCAAUGCGAGCUCCCUGCGCCAGGAAAAUGUGACCGUGUUUGGAUGCCUGACUCACGAGGUGCCUUUGAGCCUGGGGGAUGCAGCAGUGACUUGUUCCAAAGGUGAGGGUGAGGAAGGGGGCAGGGAGAGAAGGCUGGUAGUCCCGAGCAGGGGCGGGCACGGGGUGGGGGUGGCGUGGAGGAAGGAUGGGCUAGGCCCUAGGGUCUCGGGGAAGCGGGCCAGCGCNGCCGAGGUGCGGCUGCGCACCUUCCUGUCGCCGUGUGUGGACGACUGCGGGCCCUACGGCCAGUGCAAGCUGCUGCGCACGCACAACUACCUGUACGCGGCCUGCGAGUGCAAGGCCGGGUGGCGGGGCUGGGGCUGCACCGACAGCGCGGAUGCGCUCACCUACGGCUUCCAGCUGCUGUCCACACUCCUGCUCUGUCUGAGCAACCUCAUGUUUUUGCCGCCCGUGGUCCUGGCCAUUCGGAGCCGGUAUGUUCUGGAAGCUGCUGUCUACACCUUCACCAUGUUCUUCUCCACGUUCUAUCAUGCCUGCGACCAGCCAGGCAUUGUGGUUUUCUGCAUCAUGGACUACGAUGUGCUACAGUUUUGUGAUUUCCUGGGCUCCUUAAUGUCCGUGUGGGUCACUGUCAUUGCCAUGGCUCGUUUACAGCCCGUGGUCAAGCAGGUGCUGUAUUUGCUGGGGGCUAUGCUGCUGUCCAUGGCUCUGCAGCUUGACCGGCAUGGACUCUGGAACCUGCUUGGACCCAGUCUCUUCGCCCUGGGGAUCUUGGCUACAGCCUGGACAGUACGCAGCGUCCGCCGUCGGCACUGCUAUCCACCCACAUGGCGCCGCUGGCUUUUCUACCUGUGCCCUGGCAGCCUCAUUGCAGGCAGUGCCAUCCUGCUCUAUGCUUUUGUGGAGACACGAGACAACUACUUCUACAUUCACAGCAUUUGGCAUAUGCUCAUCGCUGGCAGUGUGGGCUUCUUGCUGCCCCCCCGUGCCAAGACUGACCACUGGGUUCCACCUGGAGCUCCGGCCCGGGGCUGCGGCUACCAGCUGUGCAUCAACGAGCAGGAGGAGCUGGGCCUUGUGGGCCCAGGAGGGGCCCCUGUCAGCAGUAUCUGUACCAGCUGAGAGGGGCUUUGAGUCUGGCCCUUGGAACAUGAACCCUUCCCAGGGCACAAAGAGCCCUUCCUGGGUUUUUCCAGGCAGUGCGUGUGGAGCUUUCCC